AUGGACUUCCUCAAGUCUGCCGUCGCAUCAGCCAUCUCCAAAGGCCCGGCCUUUCCCUAUUCGUUCGGCGAAAGAGUCGACAUCGACCAGUCCAUCUGGACUCUCCACAAUGGCACCAAGAGGGAAGACGGCUCUCGAUGCAGCAUCUUCUCCUUCGACGUGACCGCAAACAAGUCUCGCCUUCCCCUCGCAAAGAACGCUCUACGCAAGUUCCGUACUCUUCGACACCCGGGUGUAAUAAAGGUCCUGGAUACUGUUGAGACAGACACCUACAUCUACAUUGCAACUGAACGUAUAAUUCCUCUUGGCUGGAAGACGAAGAGAAAGGCUGUCUCCGAAGAGAGCAUCAAAUGGGGUCUCCACAAUGUCGCUAAAACGCUUGCAUUCAUCAAUGAAGAAGCCACUUCAGUACACGGAUGCGUCCGUACCUCAUCGAUAUUCACUACCGAGAGCGGAGAAUGGAAGCUCGGCGGUCUGGACGUUUUGAGCUCUAUGAAGGAGGACGAGGCCGUCAUCUACACAUAUGGGAGUCUCGCUCCUGACUCGGGACGCUAUGCUCCGCCUGAGGUUGCCAAAGGCGGCUGGGACAGUAUCAAAAAAAGCCCUGUGUCCGCUGUCGACUCUUACGAUUUUGCUAUUCUUGUCAUUGAGGUCUUCAACGGAAGUUUCUCGGCCAGCGACCAGGUCGGUCAGACCAAGGGGAUCCCGGUCAGCAUGCACGCUUCAUACAAACGCCUAGCCCACGCAAAUCCUAAGACAAGACUGAGUAUUGCUCACUUCCUGGAGCAAGGCAGGAAAUCGGGUUCAUUCUUCGAUACGCCACUCAUCCAGCUGACUGAUGGCAUUGACAACUUGGGUCUGAAGACCGAGACUGAACGUGAAGAGUUUCUUCGCGAACUCGAGGCCGUGGCAGAAGCAGACGACUUCCCAGAGGAUUUCUUCAGAGUCAAAGUGCUGCCAGAGCUACUCAAAUCCCUCGAAUUUGGCGGCGGAGGUCCUAAGGUUUUGUCACUUGUUAUGCGUAUCGGCAAGAAACUCUCGGACGAAGAAUAUGAGUCGACCAUCACACCCGUGGUUGUCAGACUUUUCAGUAGUCCAGACCGCGCGCUUCGCGUGUGCCUUCUCGAUAAUCUGCCACAUAUGAUUGAUCAUCUUCCUCAGAAGAUUGUGAAUAACGGCAUCUACCCACAGAUGGUUACUGGCUUCACUGACCUCGCGCCGCUUGUCAGAGAACAGACUGUAAAGGCGGUCUUGGUCGUGGUGCCCAAGCUGUCGGAUCGCAUCAUCAAUGGCGAACUCCUGAGAUACCUGGCUAAGACCGCAAACGAUGAGCAGCCAGGCAUUCGUACCAACACCACCAUCUGUCUGGGAAAGAUUGCGAAGAACCUUGGCUCUAGCUCACGUACUAAAGUUCUGGUUGCUGCCUUCUCGAGAUCUCUUAGAGAUCCCUUCGUUCAUGCACGCAACGCAGCACUUUUGGCCCUGUCGGCAACUGCUGAUCUGUUCACGGAGGACGACUGUGCGACCAAGUUGCUUCCAGCGAUUUGCCCGUCGCUCGUAGAUAAGGAGAAAAUUAUUCGAGACCAAGCCAACAAGACUCUGGACCUCUACCUCCAGCGCAUCCGCAAGUAUGGACAAACUCUGCCUGAUAGUGUGUUGCCACCGCCAGAAGCUGCUGGCUCAAAUGCGCCACGCAUGAGCACUCCACAGCCAGGGUCGGGAUCGGGAUGGGCUGGUUGGGCUAUAUCGUCUUUCACCAACAAGCUUGCAACUGCCAGCGGAGAAAUCCAACCCAACAGUAUACCCAGAGUGUCCUCAGGCCUUCGAAACGCGACCCCGACCAUGUCUGAUGUGGAUCAAGAAGACUUUGGUGAUGACUGGGGCGCGAUGGAUGAUGAUAACGAUGGUGCUGCCGACGCUUGGGGUGAGGUAACAGACAGCGCACCGCCCGUUGCGUCUACUAAAGCUUCGGCGGCCUCCUUUGAUGACGGCGGUGAACCGGACUUCGAAGGUUGGCUCAAUGCGCAGGCGCAGGCCAAGACGAAAGCAAAGAAUCCUCUACCCAAAGGUCUUGCAAAGAGCAAGCCUGUCUCAGCUGCAGCAUCAAAGCCCGCUGUAAUUAGGACUGCAUCUGCAUCAGCUGCGACCAAGGCGAAGCCAGUAGCGAAGCCAGCGCCUGGUAAAGUAGUCAAGCCUGCACCCAAGGAGGAGGAGGAAGAGGACUGGGGUUCAGCAUGGUGA